GGCGCCCGCGCUCGCCAGGCUCAGUUAGCAUGGCUGCCUCCUCCGCCUGGCUCCCCUCUUCUAACUUCUGGACUGUAGUUUAAAACAAAGCUGUUCUGCCUUGUUCAGACCUGUACCUGGAAGGUGGAAAGGCUAUUUCUGAUGCUUGGAAGCUAUCCUUACAGCCAUAAAGAUGGUAAUAAAUCUUUGCCUCCCACAGUUCAAACCAAGAAUUUACUGCAACAAGAUAUCAGCUGAUGGUUAUGAAGUAGAAAAUCUCAUCUCUGAAGACCUCACAAAGAGAAGUCAUGGUUUUAGGACAGAGUAUUUCAUUAAGCCACCAGUCUAUGUGACAGUUUCUUUUCCCUUCAAUGUGGAAAUCUGUAGGGUUAACAUAGACCUCACAGCUGGAGGAGGCCAGAAUGUCACUGGCCUGGAAAUGUACACAUCUGCCGUAUCCAGCAGAGCAUCUUGGAAUACCCCUGAGAGCCGGACCCUGGGCCCAGCUGAGCCAUCCGUCCCGGACAAGGAAGCAUUCACCUUGGUGGGCAAAGUCUUGUUGAAAAACCAGAGCCAAGUAGUGUUUAGCCACAGGGGCUUCAAGGCCAGGCCACCUUUUGGCCCGAUGGAUGCCACACUCCCCUCUCCUGCUGUUGUGGCCCAGGAACUCUGGAAUAAAGGGGCUCUUUCUCUUAGUCAUGUGGCCCAUCUCAAGAUCUGUAUCACCCAUGUGACAGGCAGUGGUAUCCCUUGUAUCAAGAGGUUGGAAGUGUGGGGUCAGCCAGCCAAAACCUGCUCUCAGGAGGUCAUAGACAGUGUCCUGCUGGUUGCCUCAGAGAGCCUUCCUCAGGACUUGUCUCUGCAGGCUCCAGCCUUGCCCAUGGAGAGUGACUGUGAUGCCGGGGUCCAGUCUGAGGGCCAGCAGGCCCCCUCCAGCCUACAGGAGCUGGCCGAGGUAAUUCAGGAUGUACCUGAAGAGUUCCUGGAUCCCAUCACCCUGGAGAUCAUGCCUUACCCUAUGCUGCUGCCCUCAGGCAAGGUCAUUGACCAGAGCACCCUGGAAAAGUGUAACCGCAGUGAAGCCGCAUGGGGCCGAGUGCCCAGUGACCCUUUCACAGGAGUAGCCUUUACUCCACACUCCCAGCCCCUGCCUCACCCGUCCCUGAAGGCCCGGAUCGACCAUUUCCUGCUCCAGCACUCCGUCCCUGGCUGCCACCUGCUUGGGAGAGCACCGACUGCUUUGGCAUUGACCCCUUCUUCCAUUGCUCUGCCCUCUCGGAAAAGGAAAAUGGAGCAGGCUGAACAUGCCCUGGACAGCAGCCUUGGCUUAAAUGCUUCCUGUUUUUCUACCACAAGCCUUUUGGUCUCCCCUACUACCUCAGAGCACACCACGAAGAAAAUGAAAGCUGCCAGUGAGCUCAGUCAGACACACAUGGAUUGUUCAACAGGUCCAGUGUCCCAUGAGCAAAAGCUGUCACAAAGCUUGGAAAUUGCCUUGACGUCGACCCUUGGCUCCAUGCCCUCGUUCACCGCUCGGCUGACCAGGGGACAGGUCCAGCAGCUUGGCACAAGAGGGAGCAGUACUUCCUGGAGGCCGGGCGCCAGCUCGGAGCAGCCUGGGAGCGUCCUGGGCCCCGAGUGCGCCUCCUGCAAAAGAGUGUUUUCUCCCUACUUCAAAAAGGAGCCCGUGUACCAGCUUCCCUGUGGCCACCUGCUGUGCCGGCCCUGCCUGGGUGAGAAGCAGCGCUCCCUGCCCAUGACAUGCACAGCCUGCCAGCGGCCCAUCGCCAGCCAGGAUGUUCUGCGGGUUCACUUCUGAGUGAUCGGCCUCAACCCGAGAAGACCCAUCGCUGGGAGGAGCUGAGCAAGAGCAGGAGUGGGGGUCAGCGCCCCUGAGGUCUGGCCAGGUCCCAAGCACAGAGGGGCCUUUGCUUUCCUAGGGGCUUUCCUGUUUUCCCCUCCCACAGUUCACACAGGGGCCUGCCGAGUGAGGGGAGGUGGGAGGGGCACCCUACGCCGCCCAAGUGGCAAUAGGAUAACAAAGCCAUAGUUUGGGCUGGGAGGGAUGGGGACAUGUCCCUGCCCUUUCAUGCACCCCUUCCAGCCCCCUGCCAGAGCCCAGGGCCUGCUAGAGCCAGCCCCUCCCUGCCAAGAGCCCCCUAAGUUGUCUGCACACACCCCUCAUCUUACGGGUGGAUGUGAACGGAGCACAGCAGACUGGCUCGGGGUGUCUGAGAGCCUCCGCCUUCAGUGUCGCCCAGAAAUGGACCGAGGCAAGGGUCUGGGCAGUGAAUGACUUGGCCCCUCUGACUCUCAGACCACUCCCAGCCUUAAUAAAGUGAUGGUUGACGUCCCCUGUG